GCCGCACACGCCCCUGCGACUGCGCAUCGGCCUGCACACGGGGCCGUGUUGCGCCGGCGUCGUGGGGCUCACCAUGCCGCGGUACUGCCUGUUCGGGGACACCGUCAACACGGCCUCCCGGAUGGAGUCUACAGGGUCUGCAUGGCGUAUACACAUAUCGGAAGCAACGAAGAAGAAGCUAGAUGAGUUUAACGCUUACAGCAUCGAGUAUCGUGGCAUGACUGAGCUCAAGGGAAAGGGACUGAUGCCCACGUACUGGUUGCUGGGAAAGAAAGGCUUCGACAAAGAGAUGCCCAUCCCGCCACCCAUAGGAGAAAGUCACGGGCUGGACGAGAGCCUACUGCUGCCGCCAAAGGUGGCGGUUCCCGCUCCCUCUGGCAGUGCGGCUCUGAGCGACCUGCAAUCUGCGGCUGUCAAGCGAAGGUCGUUCGAGUCGUGCAGCUCCGGGGAGGCACAGCAGUCGCAGCAGUCUAUGGACGUGGGCGUCGGGAAGACGCCGCUGCAGGCCGCCAUCUCGGCCGGCGACGCGGAGAGCGCGGAGAAGCGCGCCAGCAGGAUGUUGGUGUGCGCGUCCAUCGACAACGAGAGGACGCCGACGAGGCGCGGGUCCCUGCAGCUGGCCACGGAGAGCGCCAAGAUCAGCCUCUACACGAUGAGCAUCAGUGACAGCAGGUCCGGGUCCAGGGACAACCAGGACCACGAGGUGGAGCCAGAGGUGCACGUGCAGGUUGGCGCGCCGGCCGCGCCGGUCGUGGCGGCGGCGAGCAGCAACCCCACCACGCCCCUGCCCCUCACCAGCGCCUCCCGCUCCGAGACGGCGCCGUCGGCCGUGUCGUUCAUCACGUCGCCGGGCAUAUCGACGCCCUUCUCCACCUCGGAGGUGGCCGUCGACCUGCUCGGCGUGUCGUUCCUCAACCCGCCGGGCACGUGGCGCAGCAGCAGCACCAACCUGAGCGGGCCGCCGCGCGCCAAGAAGCCCAGCGCGUUCCUGGAGGAGGAGGACCUGAGCUCGGGGUUCAACCACUACCGGUGCCUCGCACCGCACGAGCCUCCGCAGUCCCGGGUCAGCAACCUCAACUCGCUGGGUCGCGGCUUCCUCAAGCGGCAGUACAGCCUGGACCGCGGCGACGACCCCGCGGGCGGCUCGGGGGCAGGCGGCGGGGGCGGCCCCGCGGGUGGGCCGGGGGCGGGGUCCGGUACGGCGGGCCGGGGGCUGCACAAGCAGAACUCGGCGGGGGCGGCGCACGACCUGCAGCGCAUUGAAGAGGUGCCCAGGGAGAGGCUGCCGCCCACCCCCGCGGUGCUCGUGCGCCCCCGCGACCUGUCCAACGUGUCAUCCAAGUCUGUCUCAGCGGAGUCACUGGCGUAGGUACGGACGCUCAAUUGUGUUAUUCAAAGAUUACCUCGUGUGUCGAAGUUUUACGGCACCGCGACGAUACGCUUAUUACGGAUAUUGUGUCUUACGUAUUCAAUGAUGGUCCUCUCCCCUAUAAAUCCAAUUUCCCCCUUAUAUGAUUUAUUUUGUUACUACCGAAAAUUUACGUGACGGUGCAGAGGGCAGGGGGCAACAAAGCAGCUCUGUUCACUGACUCAAAAGACAAUCUUAACAUAAAUGUAUCCCAGUGGGUCACAAUGGUCUUUACUCUCUUUGUCUACCGUUCUUACAACCAGCUAUAUUCUCCUGUAAUGUUUUUGUCAGAGAGUGUAGUGGAAUUCAUGUGGAAAUUUUGUAAGGAUGGGUUUUGGCACAAAGACCAACUGUGGCAUGCAUGUAAGAUGAUUUAAGUAGGUACUAAAUUCUUCUUAAGCAUGAACCCCUCGGCCUAAUUGUUAUUUUCAAUGUUCUGAUAGUGCAACCAUGUUUUAGGUUAAAAAGUAGUUUGUUUCUGUUAUUGUUUUUUUUUAUGAGAAUCUUAAAUAUUUGUUGAAUCUCCGUAUUAUGAACCUGUAAACGUGCCUGCAUCAUCCCAAUAUUUUGGGGGCCCGCUAAGAAUCACCAAAUUUUAUCGAAGUUUAUGGCGGAAUUAAGGUGGCUUGGAUUUACAAUAGCAACGCGGCAAGCGUAGCUCUUCCGCUAGUGUUAAAACAACGCUCUGUAGAUCCUCUGAUCCUCCCCCCCCCCUCCUCACCUACCCUGUUCUGACCACUUCCCUGCGUUAAUUCAACGCUAUCGUUGAAGAUACGCUCGCUGCGUUGCGAUCGUAAAUCCCCCUCAAGUCUCUUAGGCGAGUCGAGGCGCCUGGCGCCUUUCGGUGACUCUCAAUGAGGCGCCUCAGCUGACGUGGGGACAUUUUGGCAUGCCAAAAAUCACAGUCCUCAAAACCUACAAGAGUUAAUUCACUAUUAAACAUUUUUGAAAUUAAUCUGGAUGAUGCACUCAAUGUUGAUUGUCGGUGUGUGGCUACACUGUGGUCCUUUCAUGUCAGUUAACAUGUGUGUCACAUCAAAUCAUUAAGGACAUGAAAAAAAAAAACCUUCUGAAUCUCAUUGGUCUUUUAAUUUCAAUAUCCAAAUUAUGUUAUGGCGAAGAGCUGUGACAAUAAAUUGAAAAUUCAUUAACAUGUAUUAACUUGACUGAGAAGUGUUAACAUUUGUGGUAUAUGUGCCGAAAAGAAAAAAGGUUUACCAAAAGAAAGAGAAGCAAAAGUACAAUUAUGAAAUUAGUUAAAUUGUAAAUAAACAAUUUCCACUUUUUAAAAAAAGAUUGUACAUUGAGUGCUAAGUAUUACUGUACUUCAUAGGCAGAUUCUCCUUCAUCUUGACUAGGAUUUAGAUAACUCCUUUGAUGGUAUAUUUUCUCGAUGUUAUGAUAGGUUCCUAUAAUAGAGAAUAUUGCUGUCUAUCAAUCUGUGCAAAUAAGGUUACACAGACCCUUUCUACUUGUGUGUGAUAUGUUGUUAAAAAAAUAAAACGUUUUCAAGAAAAGUCA